AACAAAAAGAUGGCGGGUGAGAAAGACGAUUUUCUCAAACUGAAGCAUAUUAAAUUCUUUGAGCGAUGUUUACAAGUCCUUCCCGGUAGAUAUAGUUCGCUCGACACAAAUAGGAUGACAAUAGCAUUUUUUGCCUUAUCUGGUCUUGAUCUCCUCAAUGCUUUGGAUAAAGUAGAAAAAGACAAAGACCGAAUAAUUCAGUGGAUUUAUUCCUUGCAAAUUCUUCCAAAUGAAGAUGGAUCUAACAUUUGUCAGUGUGGAUUUCGUGGAUCAUCAACAAAUGCAGUCAAAGAUUCUCAGAAAACAGAAGACAAGUUACGGUUGGACAGUGGACACAUAGCCAUGACUUAUACUGCUAUAGCUUCACUUCUUAUCCUGGGGGAUGAUCUGGAUCGAGUUAACAAGUCAGCAGUGCUGCAAGCUCUCAGUCAACUCCAGCAGGGGGAUGGAAGCUUUUGUUGUGUACCAGAAGGAAGUGAAAAUGACAUGCGCUUUGUUUAUUGUGCUGCAUGUAUUUGUUACAUGUUAAAUGAUUGGUCAGGAAUGGAUGUGGAAAAAGCAGUUCACUUCAUUCAAAAAAGUCAGUCCUAUGAAGGUGGGAUUGGACAAGGCCCUGGUCUAGAGGCUCAUGGUGGUUCAACAUUUUGUGCAAUAGCAGCAUUAGUACUCAUGAACAAAUUAGAGACUAGUUUUACACCUAAACAAUAUAAAAGAUUACAGCGGUGGUGCAUAAGUCGACAGCAAUCGGGAUUCCAGGGACGACCAAACAAACCUACCGACACGUGUUACUCCUUCUGGGUGGGAGCCACACUUAAGCUGAUAGAUACUUACCAGCUAAGUAAUGUAGAAUGUAAUAGAGGAUUCUUAAUGGAAACACAAGAUGCAAUAACUGGAGGGUUUUCUAAAUGGCCGGACCACACACCAGAUGCCUUACAUGCAUACCUUGGAUUGGGGGGUUUGUCACUUCUGGGGGAGGAGGGAGUGCUUCCCAUGCAUGCUGCAUUAAAUAUCAGUCAAAGAGCAAGUAAACACCUUAACAACUUACACUCUAACUGGAAAAAUUGAUGAUACUCAAAUAUAGAUAUAAUUAUCUUACAGUAUACAUUUUUCUGUGAUCAUUAAAAUUUACAUGAUUUGUACAUUCAUUCUUUAUAUUUUUAUAUUAUUUUGUAGUAUAUGUACACCUUUUUGCCAAAUUAUGAACUGUUAAAGUGGCAUUUAAUUAAAAAUGUGAAUACAAAAGUAUUUAUUUUUGAGAUAAUUGAAAUGACAGUUUAAACUCAUUGAAUGUGAAUUUCAUGACAGUACUUUAUGCAUAUGUAGUUUCCCUCUUCACCAAAUGUUUACUGAUGCAGGUUGAUUUUAUAGUGUAUGUAUUUUUACAAAUGAAUUGUCUUGUAAGAAGUUAUUGUCCUGUGUAAUACUUCUGAAGUCUCCUAAAUAUGUUUUGUUAGUGUAAUAGAUAAAGCUGAUCAUUGAACUCUACAAACAAAAUGACAGUUUUAUUUCUUCUGCAUUAUGACAUUACGAUUCCAUUGUGAUGCUCCAAUUGCAGGAUCCCCUAUAUAAAACUACAUGUUGCCUUUG